ACUAUUCUCGCCAAACGGUCUCACUGCGCAGCUGUCAGAAGUCAAGUAAUCAGAGAAAAACUUGAUUAUUUACGAAAAUUAGGAACUUAUCUGAGCCUAAGCGAUGUCUGCGCUCUUCCGUCUGACCAGCCGCGCUGUGGCUAUGCAGCGAUCCCUAGUGGCCAGGCCGGCGGUCGCUGUUCGAGCGAUUAACACGUCCCAGAAGAAGGACGAGACGGUUGCUGCUCCCACUUCGGUUACGACGGAGGACUUUGCAAACCCCAGUCCCAAGAACUGGCAGAGCUACGGAUUCGACUACAAGGAACAGGCUGAGGAUCGCAAGGCCACCAAGUCUACCUUCUUUGUCACUGUAACACUGUGUUUGGUGUGGGGCACUUUCUACUGGGCCUACCUGCCCGACACGCAGUUCCGCGACUGGGCUCAGCGCGAGGGAUUCCUGGAGUUGCGCCGCCGUGAGCAGGCCGGCCUUGAUUUGGUUAGCCCCGACUACGUGGACCCUGCUAGCAUUACGCUGCCCUCCGAUGACGAUCUUGGAGACCAGGAAAUCAUCAUCUAAACAUUUAAUGCUCUAUCCUUAGUCUGUUAUGUAAUGAGUGCGGCUGGUGGCCUGUAUCGGUGCCGUGAAAACGUUCUGUUAAUAAAACUGCAAGCCUCCGAGUGGAA